GGUUCUCUCGGGACGUGCGAACAACUCCCUGCCCUCUGGUGGACACUUCCUGCAACGAUCCUUUGGUUGCUUUACGAACGGGGCCGACCACCAUUUGUUUUGGGUCGUCGCCUAUCGGACGUAUAUAUUGGUGGUGAUAUCGUAAUCGCAGUAUUAUGCAAAAAAACACAAACCUUGCCUUUCUCCCUGCAGGCAACCACACAUCGCCACAUGUUUCCACGAUUCUCCGCGCCGUAGCUAGGAGCGGGAGGUAGCGAACUCAUUUGCGUUAAAACCACGAUUCAGUCCAGACUCAGUACGUGCCGAGGCAGCGUACACAACAUCUUCCCGACUUUCUUUAACCAUUCUGUGUGUAGUUUUGCUUUUUUUCUUUUUUUUUUAUAAACCCCAAGCAAGAGAAGAAACUUUGCAAGAGAUUAAGUGUGUGCGUGUGUGUGUGUGUUUGUGUGCGCAGCAUUUUUUUAUUUCUUUUCUUCCCCCUGCGAGAACGGGAUCAGUAAGCGGGGGACACAACGAAAAUCAAAGAUUUAUUCAAAUCGUGCCUUAAUUUAUUUGUUCACAAAGUGGAUAGGGUGUUUGUACGACUUAUAUCCCCCUUCCCCCCCGCCUUUCUUACUUGUCCGCCAUGUUGGACGGUUCGUGGUUUUUUGGCAAAUUAAUCAUUCCACUGCUGAUGGCAGAAAUAACACUGCACGGAACGCAUCAACCUAACGGCAUCUCGUUGGUAAUGGCCACCGACGCAAACAACCCAACCGGAGCGAACGAUGUGCCAUUGAACUGUUUGGAGCACACGGUAACGUCCGGGACAUUCGACGAAUACUACGGACUGGAGGAUAUUGGGAACGAACCGUCCAGCAACUAUCUGGUAAAUGUCAGCUUCACCGUGGAGGUACGCAACCGACAGGAAGAGUUGGCUGUACUACUCUCGGGUCAGAACCGUUCUUAUCAACAUCCAGACUUUGCUCGGACGUACGAAAUGCGCCUAACGAACGUCUACACGGUGAUGUAUCGGGAAACGCUCAAAAUGCAGGCUUACCACAGCCCAACGGAUAAACUAUUCCCGGCGGAUAUCUUCCGGCUACGGUUUCUGCUUAGCCGCGACGGUAACCUAACCGUGCUGGUGAAUGACAACGCGAAGCGCCCAUUGCUAGCGGUCGUCGACGAACGGCAGGCUCUGGAGGUGCAGUACGUGAGCUUUUCGUCGCGCAUGAACGCCUACCCGGUGCGGUUCUUUCUAGGCUGUGGUCUACCACAGUACAGAGCGAUCGAGCUGAUCGCCGAGUCGGUAGGAUCACCAACCAACCUGCCAUUAGUCGACGGUUCCUGUCCCGUCUGUCCGAAGCAGCGCUGUGAAGUGGUCGUUAAGGCAUGUGCGGACAACAGCAAGGAUCCGAACGGAGCCGCCGGCAACGGGGAGCUAGAGCAGCAGAAGUACUACUUCUACUUUAAUCUCUACCUGAUGAAGAACAGAACCAAAUCGAACGUACUUACCGGGAGUGGCGUACGUAAACCAUCCGAUGAUGGGCUGUAGAAGCUGUUUGUAAAAUAAUUUGCUCAAUAAAAAUACAAGAAUAACA